GCCCACCAAAAACAACACAAGCUUCACAGUCCAUCCGUGCUGAGGCUCUCUUUGCAAACGAGGAGGAAAGAGAGAGGCGUAUAUAAAAGAAGGAUCGGCGUCAGUUGGCUGCUGGAGAUUCUCCGUGGUUUCUCAGGGACGAGCCAUGAAAGUUCUGGUGCUUGCCUUGGCGUUCUCUUGCCUAGUCGCCACCGUUGUGGCGGGUGGUUUCUACCACUUCGGUGGUGGCUACGGAGGUGGCCACGGAGGUGGCCAUGGUUACGGCCAUGGUUACGGGCAUGGAGGUCAUGGAGGCCACGGCUUCGGAUCCAGCGGCCUGUUUUUCGUGAAAGGACCUGGUGGAUACGGCCACGGCUUCCACGGCCUCGAGGCUGUUAAGGGUCCCACGUACUUUGUCAGCACGGAACAAUACGUUAAGAAGAUUCACCCUGGGCUCGCCAUCGUUGGCAAGCACCACCGCUAGCAUCUUUGUAUGACCCAUAUCGCGAUCUUGAAAGUCAGCGUGCCGGUAUCACCCCCUGAGUGAAUCUUCUUGAGAGUAUGGACCGCAUGGGCAGAAGACUGAGGUUGCAUUAACUUGUUUGUUUGUAUUUUUAUCCUAACACAUAAACCAAAUCUCUGCGGACUCAGUCGUCGUCAGCACCAGUUCUCACUUAAUCACUGUUUCAUGUUCAUUGUAUGUCACAUUUUUGAAUGAUUUUACGUUGUUGUAAAUAGUUUCUGCAUUAAAAAAAAGAAAAUCCUGUUAUAACAACCA